AUGGAAGACGAUUUUUUUCUUGAAAAUUCUGUAUGGGAAUGUUUUCUUCAAAAACUAACUGAAGAGACUCACGAUUUUGAAUAUUUUGUUCAAAAAAUAGCUGGAGUAUAUGGUGUAUCAGCUGAUGAAGUUAAAGUAUAUCAAG